ACAUAUACAAAAUUCAUCUAUAAUACUCCUUACUUCACUUACCAAAAUCUCCAAAAAAAAUCCAAAAAAAAACACAAAAUUUAUUCAAAGAAUCAUCAAAUGGGGUUGAACAACUUCUACUCAGAUUCAACUGAACAUCAUCACACACACACACACAAAAUCUUCCUUUUUGUUAACUACAUUCUUCUUGGUGCAUCUUCUAGUUGCAUUUUCUUGACUCUUUCCCUACGUUUAAUCCCUUCCCUCUGUGGAUUCUUCUUCAUCCUCCUCCACGUAUUCACUAUAUGUGGCGCAGUCUUUGGCUGCGCCACAGUGUCAGCACCUCAUGCAGGUGCUGACAGCAAGUGGUACGGAGCACGUAUGGUGUCGUCCGUACUCACAGCAAUAUUCCAAGGCUCAGUUUUCGUGCUGAUCUUCACGAAAACUGGGGAUUUCCUAGGGAAUUUGAAGUCUUAUGUGAGGGAAGAAGAUGGUGUUGUGAUUUUAAGAUUGGCUGGUGGAUUAUGUGCUUUGAUUUUUUGUCUUGAAUGGGUUGUACUUACACUUGCAUUUUUCUUGAAAUACUAUGCUUAUGCUGAGGGAAAUAAUGGAAAUGUCGCCAUGAAGAAUAGAGGUAAAGGUGAAGAUAAUGAUGAAGAUAUCAAGAAUUGGCCAUGGCCUUUUCAAGUCUAAGUGAAAGAAAUAGUGACUAUAUUUGCAAAUUUAAGUAAAAGAAUUUAUUGGCUACUUUUGCAAAUGUAAACUUCUAUUUGUUAAUUCAUUUAUUUAUUUGGUUUGUUGAUGUAAUUUGAUUCCACUAUAUCAAUAUGUGUACUUUGUAUAAUGAGGAAAUUGAAAUUAUGCAACAUUUUACUACUAGUGUUAUGGGUUGAUAUUUAGAACCGGAGACAGAAUUUGAUGCUUAUGGAUUCAGGAUUUAGCCUUUAAAUUACAUAUUAAGUGAAGUUUCUACGAUAAAUACAAAGUUAGCAUCAGAGUUAUUGGCUUAUGUUGAAGGAAAUAAUGGAAAUAUUGCAAUGAAGAAAAGAGGUAAAGUUCAAAAUGAGGAAGAUAUCAAGAAUUGGCCGUGGCCUUUUCAAGUCUAAGUGAAAGAAAUAUUGGCUAUAUUUGCAAAUCUAAGUAAAAGAACUACUGGCUACUUUUGCAAAUGUAAACUUCUAUUUGUUAAUUCAUUGAUUUAUUUGGUUUG